UUUUGAAGACACUGCUGGUUAUUCGAAGGCUCUGUUCUUCUUAGAACGUUGAGAGCGAGAGAGAGAGAGAGAGAGAGAUAAUUUUGGAUAAGAUGAUGGACGUACAUGGUUUCUUCUUUCUGCUCUGCUGUGCUGCCGUGCUCUUACUGGGAGGAGCACAAACAGGGUUUAUCAGCAUCGACUGUGGACUAAGCGAGACUCACAGUUACAUUAACUCCUAUGACAACCUCACCUAUGUGUCCGACGACGGGUUCAUUGACAGCGGAGUGAAUGGUCGGAUUGAUCCCACCACCAGCAUCGGGAAAGGCUCCAACGAAGCAUACUACACGGUGAGGUCCUUCCCAAACUACAAAAGAAACUGCUAUCAGCUGCCGGCGACCGUUGGCACAAAGUAUAUCCUCCGGGCUGCCUUCCUGUACGGCAACUAUGACCGCCUCAAUACAAUACCAAGCUUCGACCUCUAUUUUGGUGCGGACUUCUGGGACACUGUGAACCUGACUUCUAACGAUCAAUCGUUCCGGCCAGAGUUGGUCGUCCAAGCAGAGUCAAACUAUCUGUUUGUGUGCCUCGUGAACACAGGACGUGGAAUACCUUUCAUUUCUGGUUUGAAGCUCCGGCCACUCAAUCCUGACAUGUAUGCCCCUGCCAAUAGCUCGCUCUCUCUUGCUUUGAAAACAGUCAAGCGAGUAGACGUUGGAGCCAAUAAUUAUACUGUGUACCCGGACGACCGCUUUGAUCGCAUAUGGGAGCCAAACUACAACAGUUAUGGGACUCCCUACAGCACAAAUGAAACAGUGAGCGAGUCUGGCGACCCAAUGUUUGGGAUGCCGUCGGUCGUCAUGCAAACUGCUGUCUAUUCGAAGGAUAAGAUCUUGGUCAACUGGCCUGGGGGAGUUGACGACAGCUUCUACCUCUACUUAGAGUUCGCCGACAUAGUGCGACCGGUUGGGCGCCAACCGAGGCAGAUGCAGGUUCAAAUGAACGGUCAGGACUGGGGUGAUCCUGUCGAUGUUCACCCCUUCCGCAGCAAUGUCUCCUACUCAACUAGUCCUGAAACUGCCUCCCAGUACUCAUUCUCCAUACGAUCGGUCAAUACUUCAGACGAGGGCGCAGUCCUCAACUCCUUCGAGGUCUACAAAGCGCUUACAGUCGCGCGUUCUGCAACCGAUGCUCGAGAAGUUAAUGCUCUUCAGGCAAUCAAAGAGUUCUAUAACCUUAAGAAAAACUGGAGGGGAGAUCCUUGUCUUCCUGUUCCCCCUUGGGAUGGUUUGACCUGUGACAAUGCUUCGACACCACGAAUAUUGACUUUGGAUCUCUCUAACAGUGAGCUGAAUGGUACUAUUGCUCAACAAAUUUCCGAACUGACAGCGCUUAAAACAUUGAACUUGUCAAGGAACAACCUGAAGGGGGAAGUGCCAGAAUUUCUGCAAGACCUCCAAAAUUUGAACAACAUUGACCUGUCGACCAACGAUCUCUCUGGAUCAAUCCCUCCUGGCUUGCGGCAAAAAAAUAAGACGGGAGUAAUCAUAUUAAGCAUUGAUGGCAAUCCUCAGAUUUGUGAAGAAAAUCAAUGCGACCAAGAUGAAAAGGGCAGGAAGCUGCAUUUAAUUGUGAUUCCCGCUGUGGUAUCUCUUGUUGUUGCAACCGCAAUUCUUCUAUUGGUGGUCACUGUAGUGAUCAAGCAAAGAAAACAGGGGAAAGGCAGACGUCCUAAAGACAACAAAGAAAUGGUUGACAGUCUUCCGGGACAACAUGCAGGAUUGGGAUCCGGCAAAAGUGGCACUUUCACUUACUCUCAAGUGGUGGAGAUGACGAAUAACUUUGAGAAAGUUAUUGGUAGAGGAGGGUUCGGCACUGUCUUCUAUGGACGUCUCAAAGAUGGAAGCGAAGUCGCAGUUAAGAAACUGUCCUCAAGACUUGUUGAACGAGGAACUAAGGAAUUUGCUGCUGAGGUUAAGAUGCUGAUGCAAGUUCACUAUAAAUAUUUAACCCAAUUUGUUGGGUACUGUGAUGAUGAAAAAGAGUUGAUCCUCAUUUACGAGUACAUGUCUAAUGGAAAUCUUCAGAAACUAAUUUCAGAAGAAACGGCUGCUGCAUUGAACUGGCAACAACGGUUGAACAUAGCUUUGGAUGCAGCAAAAGGUCUGGAAUACUUGCAUUCAGGAUGUACACCGGCAUUCAUUCACAGGGAUGUGAAGUCGAGCAACAUUCUAGUCAAUGAGAAAUUUGAAGCAAAGGUUGCAGAUUUUGGGCUGUCAAAGGCUGUUGUCUCAGAUGAGGUUACACAUAUUACAACUGCUGUUGCUGGCACAGCUGGGUAUCUAGACCCUGAGUAUUGUUACACCAACCAAGUUACUGAGAAGAGUGAUGUGUAUGGAUUUGGGGUUGUCCUGUUUGAGCUCAUUACUGGCCGAUCUGCCAUAUCAACUAAUUGCAACGGAGAAAGAGUCCCACUAGUUAAACUUGUUCGUCCAGAACUUAUGAGAAAGGACAUCAAAGUUAUUAUUGAUCCCAGACUACAAGGUCAAUGCGAUAUCAACUCCAUACGCAUGGUUGCGGAGACGGCAAUGACAUGCACUGAGGAGAAGUCGGUCAUAAGGCCUACUAUGACAGAAGUUGUGGCUCACUUGAAAGAAGCCAUGGAGAUCGAGAGAUCUAGAAAGACAAGUGGAAGCGGGAAAAAGUGGGCAUUCUCCGCAUAUUCAUCAUCAUUCGGCAAAACAUCAUCAAGUGCUACUCGUACAUCGAACGCGGAUUCAAACAUUUAUCCAUCUGCAAGCAAACUACUCCAGUGACGAGCGACACAUUGGAGGCUGAGGAGAAAACUCAACACCAUGGACAGGAGGAUUGUGGGAUGUUCAUCUUGGUUUCCACCAACGACGGUUAUUAAAUAUGUCCAAUUGAUGCCCGAAAAACGACUUACUCUCGCUCUACAGGGACGUUCUUAGUGAAUUCAAUCAAUGAUAUUGACAGAUGAUUGAAAAAGCAAAAGCAGAUGAUCUUUAUUUAAC